AUGGCGUCCGCUCCAGAUGUGGAUAAUUUGGAACCGCUUGAUCCAUCGAUCAAUAAUAUUCUUGAACAAACUAGUUUAAAAUGGAUAUUUGUUGGCGGGAAAGGUGGGGUCGGAAAGACUACAUGUAGCUGCAGUCUUGCAUUGUCAUUAGCCAAGGUUCGUGAGAACGUUUUGAUAAUAUCGACAGAUCCUGCACACAACAUAUCAGAUGCUUUCAAUCAGAAAUUUGGCAAAACCCCAACAGCUGUUAAAAAAUGUCCAAACCUUUAUGCAAUGGAAAUUGAUCCCAAUCUUGGCUUUUCUCAAUUACCAGAUGAUUUUAUUGAUGAACCAGAUGCAGUUAGCCUUGGAAAACGCCUUGCUCAAGAUUUUCUUGGAGCAUUUCCUGGUAUUGAUGAAGCCAUGAGUUUUGCAGAAGUCAUGAGGUUGGUGACACACAUGGAUUUUUCUGUUGUUGUGUUUGACACUGCUCCUACAGGGCACACAUUAAGGUUGCUGUCAUUUCCAUCACUGAUAGAAAACUCGCUGGGGAAACUCCUUCAAAUUAAAAAUCAAUUCACUCCAAUAAUAAAUCAAUUUAGUGGUUUGCUGGGUGUAAGGGAUGCUGAUCCCAGCAUGGUGACGAAUAAAUUAGAGGAGAGUAUGCCCGUUAUUAAAGACGUCAGUGCAAAACUGAAGAAUGCGGAACACACCACGUUUGUCUGCGUUUGUAUAUCGGAAUUCCUUUCUUUGUACGAAACCGAGAGACUGGUUCAAGAAUUAGCCAAGUCUGACAUCGACACUCACAACAUCAUCGUGAAUCAGCUAGUAUACGUAAAUGAAGAUAGGAAAGACGCCUGUAAGUUAUGCGAAGCUAGAAGGAAAAUCCAAGCAAAGUAUUUGGAACAGAUUGACGACCUUUAUGAAGACUUUCACGUCACCAAAUUACCGCUUCUUCCACACGAAGUUCGAGGAUGUGAUAAAAUAGACGAAUUUUCACAGUAUCUUCGUCAUCCAUAUGUUCCUAAUGACAAAUCAAGAUAGAUGAUAAAUUCAGCAAGACUUAAAUUGCGACAGAUCGCAAACGGCUAGGGUACAGUCCGGUACGCAUGCAACAUUUUGCAAAAUCAAUACGUAAUGAAAAACAAUGGUGCAGAUUUUGAAAACAUUUAUAAUAGGAGAAAACCUCAUGUUUAGAAUGCUUCUUAAAUCGUUCACGCGGCCGGAGUGAAAGUCGCUCGUGUCGAAUUGGGCCUUUCAAGAAGCCAGGAGGAAGUUCCUCAGUCGAAAAUCGGUUCCUGUGACCGUUGCAUGCUUUUCGACGAUACAAAUCUUACAUUUACGGAGAUACAAUGUUCACAUUUUUCACAUAUCCUCCUUGCUUUGCAUAUUGCAACAAUACGCUUCAAGAAUUUCUCAAUCUUCUAACUGAACAGUUUUUUAUUAGCCGUUAAUAAUUUCUGUGAAGUCGUUUUGAUAUAAUUAUGAUAUAUUCGCUUCGCAUGUGGAAACACACACAUGGGAAAAUAUUUUAAAAUGGCGGUCAAAACAUUGAUGUUUGAAUAUUUGAAUAAUACUUUCUUUAUUGAAAUACAAGCAUUUUUUGGUGCGCAAGAAUGGAAUUAAAUCGAGAAAAUGCUGUCAUACUUGCUGCGGGACUUCUUGGUGGGGCCGGGACAGUAUAUACACUGUUUUCAUUGCGGAACUUGUUGCGUAAAUCUUGCAGAAGGGCAACACUUGCGCAGUUGACAGACAAAAUUAGCCUAGAAACACUAACGAAACUAUCUGAAGUAUCUAAUGUUAG